AUGCGAGGUUUCUUGUUACCUGCAGACUCCUCUUGCCACCUGCUUCUCUCACUCAUUUUUGAUGUUUUAACUGGUGGAAGUUGCGGUCUCUUCUGCACGUUGUGUGCUUUUUUUUUGCUUUUGUUUUUGCUUCUUCGUUCUCUGCUUCUGUCUCUUUUGCUGUUGCGUGUGUGGUGGCGCCCAACAGGCUCGCAAGAAGCACACAUACACAUCGACGACAUCGAUGGCGUGUGCGUGGAGACGAUGAGGCCCACGGCGCACCUGGAGACUCACACGCGCCCGCUCACCGCCGAGAAGGGGCGGCCAACAGACGAGUCUGCUGCCCAGGCAGGUGUGCACCCCGAAGGACCGCCCAUACUCGCCCAACACCGACUGGGCCGAGACCAGCAGCGUCUUCGAGGACGGGUGCAGCACACGCGGGAACCAUGCCGUGAAUCGUGA